CGCUGCCGGGCCCGCUGCGCCUGUCUGUGGGGGACCGGCCGCAAACACGGCCCCGAAGCGAUGCGACCAAUCGGCUCCUCGCUCGUGUCGCCUUCUGUUGUUGUUUUUCUCUUCGAAACGUGAGGAACUGACGUAGCGUAGAGCGCAAUCAGAUACUUUGGAACAUCCUAACAUGGUGUGGGAAGUGAAGACGAAUCAAAUGCCUAACGCAGUUCAGAAGCUGCUGUUGGUAGUGGACAAGAGAACUUCAGGGAUGAAUGAGUCACUGGAGUUGCUGAAGUGUAAUGAAAACCUGCCCUCUUCUCCUGGGUAUGCGUCCUGUGACGAGCAUAUGGAGCUUGAUGAUCUUCCUGAACUACAGGCUGUGCAGACAGACUCUGCCCCAUCUGCGCUUUUUCAGCUUGGCACCGAUGUUUCACAUCAGGAAUGUUCAAGGCCUUCGUGGAACCAGCAUACCUCAAGCAGCAAUACAGAAAGUGCUUAUUCUUGUGAGAAUGGGGUCAACUGGCUGACAGAACUAGCAAACAUAGCCACAAGUCCUCAGAGCCCUCUGAUGCAGUGCUCUUUUUAUAACAGAUCAUCUCCUGUUCACAUAAUAGCUACAAGCAAAAGUUUACAUUCCUAUGCACGUCCUCCGCCGAGCUCCUCCAAGAACGAUCCCAACUUCUCCAAGAGUGAUUUGGAUGAAACACCGGUCAGACACGAAAGGACGAAUAGCGAAUCGGAGUCUGGUAUUUUCUGCAUGUCGUCACUUUCAGACGAUGAUGAUCUAGGAUGGUGCCAUUCUUGGCCCUCAACUGUUUGGCACUGUUUUCUAAAAGGUUCUCGUUUGUGCUUUCAUAAAGGGCGCAAUAAAGAAUGGCAGGACAUUGAAGAAUUUGCAAGAUCUGAAAGCAGUGGAAAAGAAGAAAAUCCCUCAGUGAGUGCUUACAAGGGCUAUGGCUCCGAUGGUUUGAAGCUCAUUUCUCAUGAGGAAAGCAUUUCCUUUGGUGAGUCAGUGCUGAAGUUGACUUUUGAUCCUGGCACAGUGGAGGAUGGCCUGCUCACAGUAGAGUGCAGACUUGAUCACCCUUUUUAUGUUAAAAAUAAAGGUUGGUCAUCUUUUUAUCCAAGCUUGACUGUGGUACAGCAUGGCAUUCCAUGCUGUGAAAUGCAUCUUGGAGAUCUGUGUCUACCUCCUGGACACCCUGAUGCCAUUAACUUUGAUGAUUCAGGUGUUUUUGAUACAUUUAAAAGUUACGAUUUUACACCGCUGGAUUCCUCGGCAGUGUACGUGCUAAGCAGCAUGGCUCGCCAGCGUCGCGCUUCUCUGUCGUGCGGAGGAUCGAGCAGUCAAGAUGCCGAGAGAUCAGAAUGCAGUACUAAAAACUGUGCAUCCACUGCAUCGUCGCAUCUUUCCUCCCCUUCUUUGUACAGCAAAGCUGGCAAAAGCCACGGCUCAGGGACUGCAAGUACUGUGAGUGCCACUUCUCCAAACAAGUGCAAAAGACCAAUGAAUGCCUUCAUGCUUUUUGCCAAAAAAUACAGAGUUGAAUAUACUCAGAUGUAUCCAGGGAAAGACAACAGAGCCAUAAGUGUGAUACUCGGUGACAGGUGGAAGAAAAUGAAGAAUGAGGAGAGACGGAUGUACACGCUAGAAGCCAAGGCCUUGGCAGAAGAACAGAAACGUUUAAAUCCUGAUUGUUGGAAACGAAAACGAACAAAUUCUGGCUCACAGCAGCACUGAGCCGGGAUUCUGCCGACAGCGAUGACAAAAUGGCUGUUGCUUGAUGGCAAGAAGAUGCAAGAUCGAGGUCUAACUAUUUGUUGUGCAUUUGUGUGACCAUAAAAUACUGGCACCAUCGAGUCAGAAACGAUGUAAUAGGAGUGCGGAUUGCUUUUUACAAUAGAACAUUAAGUAAGCUAAAACUAUCAACAUUUUAAA